UUCUAGUAUCGCUCGAAUUGCCUCAAAUAAUGAAACACUUUACCCCACCCCCCCUUUCCCCCUCCGCCGCAUAGUGACUGACGGGCCGACCGUGUAAACAUGGAACGCUGAAGUGUUUUGGGGUUAAAUGUUGUCUCUUUUCGUCUUGUUUGUGUUUAUGGUAUUUCUUUCCCAAUUGGAGGCUCUCUAUGAAUUCAGACAGCUGGAAUAAGUACCGAUAGCUGUCUAUGGUGCCCUCAAUUCAAAAUGCUACCAUCAUUGGGUUUAUUCUCAUCACUGGAAUGCCCUUUUUACAACGGAGGUGCAGGGCAGUGUUCUCGCCCCUAUUGUCAUUACAGACAUGCCAAAAAAGAUCCCAAUGCUGCUGCUGAGCCAAGCGAUGAGAUUGUGGGUCAAAUACCCACCAAUGAAGUACUGCAGGCGGAAGAUGAUGUCAAGGCUGGUACAAGCAGCGAACCUGUCCACAAGAGCAGAUCCUCUUUGUACAAGGCUAUUGUUGAUGCAGCACCAGCAUACAGCCCAACUCCAAUUGCUCAGUUGAAAUCUUCCCAUAUACCAAUACCUUAUACUCCAACCAUUCCUACAAGAAGUUCCGCGGUAAAGAAAAGCAAACCUAGUUCAGAAUAUGUACCACAUUACAUAGGUACAAGUCGUCCAACCUAUCCUCCGUACUGCCCAUCAUCCAUUAGCAGCCUAAAUUCUCAAAGUAAUACUCCUGGUGAUCCUCUCAAAAACCCACUCUAUGAAUUAUAUGGACCUGAAGGUGCACAAUACAGUCCUAAUGAUGUUGAUCCUGUUGGAACUGGCUACUCGUAUUCCCCUGGAAGUACCUCUUAUACUCCAUAUUCACCAGAAUAUGUACCUUCUAAAGUAAACUACAACCCCCAGUUUAGUCCCCCAGAUUCUCAAUUAUCAGAUGAUGAUGACAAUGUAGACUUAGCUGCAGAGACUGCUGCUCAAACAAAUGGAGACCCAGGGGGUGGAGAGAACCUCAUAGACCUCUCUGAACUUGACAACCUCGAGUUGGAGUUCGAAGAUGAUUUAGAUAAUGGAAAUGAUACAAUUAUGAGUGAAAUUGAUGUGAAAUCUGGUGGUGACAAAGAACUAUCACUUGAAUCAAAUGUUAUGGACACUGAUAGUCCAGUGGAAGGUGCACAGAAUCAAAGAAAAAGUAGUUCCUCUCAGAAAGCAGAAAAGCGCAGGAGUAGUACCACCAGUUCUGCCAGUGAUUCAAAGAAACAUAAGUCUUCUCAUGAAAGUACAGAUAAAAUCAAAAGUGAAACAAGUAAGGAUAAAGCUCAUCAAAGCAGUAGUGAUAAAAAUGGACACAAGGAUAAGAAAACAUCCUCAUCGUCAAAGAAAAGUUUGAGCUCCAGCAGCAGCAGUAACAGUAAAAAGAAUAGCAGUCACAGCAGUAGUAGUAAAAGUUCAUCAUCAUCAUUAUCAAAGUCAUCAAAAACCUCUUCAAGCACUGAUGUGAAAAAAGGUCAUUCAUCAUCAGAUUCAAAAAGCAAAACUGGAUCCUCAACUUCAAGCAGUUCCAGUUCUAAGCAUAAGGAGAAACAUCGUGACAAAGAAAGAUCCAAAGAAAAGGAAAAAGAUAGGACCCAUGGAAAAACUAAGGAUAAAGAGAAGGAUAAAGAUAGAGAAAGAAUCAAGGACAAAAACAGUAAGAAAUCUUCACGUCGAGCAUCUGAUGAUAAAGACAAGGGAGACAUUCAGCGAGAAAAAAUUGAGGAAGAGAUCAGAAAGCUUGAAGUUGAAUUAGAUGCUUCACUUGAAGAUGAGGACACAAUAGAACAACAAUGUUAUGAGAUGUUCAAUGAAUAUUCAGAGUCAUUGCAAAAUCAGCCGCUCCCUGAGAAAACAGAGGAUCAAAGAGUAACUGUUAAUGAAGAACCGGUUGCUUCUGCCUCAAGUAAAAAGAGAAUAGCGCACCAAGCAUCUCAAUCUUAUUUACAACCAAAUCCUCAACCUGUUCCUACCCUGGCUAAAAAGUGUUCUCCAUAUCAGGUCAUGAGAGAUAGAUGGGAAUUACUGAAAAAGGAAAAAUUGCAGACUCUUGAAGCUAAAAGAGCCUCUUUAGCAGUUGCUCCUCCAUUAGUUCCAAAAGCUGUUGCACCUACGCCAUAUUCCUUAACUAAUGCUCCACAAGCAUCCUUGCCUGGUUCAGGCUCAGUGUCAGGUAAAAAGAGAAUUGCUGGUGUACCAAAUGUUGCCAUGCUUCUUAAACCACCAGCCACAUCCACAAGUUCAUCUUCUACUUCAGGAACUUCUCCAAAUCGAUUUUAUAACAAGACAGCUCAGCGUGUCGAUGAAUUUGGACGCCUCGUUAAAGUUCGGGUGGCUCAUGCACCAAACAUGGACACACCGGCCAUGAGAAAACCAGUUGUCAAUCCCAGUGACUGCCGUAAAUUCAAAGUGGCAACAAGACAGGCUAAUGUGAACAAACUUUUCCAAGCAUAUAUUGAUGCUAGAUUUGGUGAUGCAUCGCAUGAUAUGGCUUUAGAGUCAGAAAGAAAUAGCACUCAAGGAACUGAAAGCCUGGGGGUGUACAGCCACCGGAUCAUUCAGAUACUGAAAGAUCUCAGAGCAUGUGCUGAAACAUCUCAAAAUGGGCCAAAAAUGGACGGUAUGUCUGGAAUACCCAAUCGAGUUGUUUCUCACAAUGCCAUGCUCGCUGGAAAGCUGGGAGCUAAAGUGUCAUGGAGUAUUCAAACUGGAAAGAAAGAAGAUCAACCCAAACCAAAUUUAAGUUUAUAUGAACAACUUCAAAGUUAUGUCUUAACUAAAGAGAAAUUACAAGAAAAUGGCUUCCCCAUGCCUUGUGGAGAGAAAGGAUGUGCCUCCAUUAAGCCAAGUUCAUACCGAACUGUUACUCAGCCAUCUGAUCCUAGACAGAAAAUUUGUGUGCGUUGUCUUAAGCCUUAUGCAGUAAAUAAACGAGGGGAGCAAGUUAAAGACGAGGAGUGCUUUUUCCACUGGGGUAGAAAAUAUAAACGUUAUCGUGAAGUGGAAACAAAAUACUCCUGCUGUGAUAGUGCUGGGAGUGGAUGCUCAGUGUCACCCUACCAUGUAUUUGAACAAGAUUGGGAGAAGUCCACCGGAUACAUGUCCACUAUAUCGAAACCUUGGAUGGAGUCUGAUCCAGGAGUGUAUGCCCUUGAUUGUGAAAUGUGUUAUACCACUGGAGGGUUGGAACUCACUAGAGUUACAGUCAUCAGAGAUGACUUGACUGUUGCUUAUGAAACUCUUGUUAAACCAGGUCAUAAGAUCCUUGAUUACAAUACAAGGUACAGUGGUAUUACUGAAGAAGAUCUAAAAGACGUAACAACAAAUAUAUUACAGGUACAAGCAACACUCCUAGGAAUGUUCUGUGAUAAAACAAUUCUUAUUGGUCAUAGUUUAGAAUCCGACAUGAAAGCAUUAAAGUUAAUACACCCAACUGUAGUGGAUACAAGUGUGGUUUUUCCACACAAAAUGGGACCCCCUCAAAAAAGAGCUCUUCGAAAUCUUGCUGCAGAUUACUUAAAAAAAAUUAUUCAAAACGAUGUGGGUGGUCAUGACAGUAAGGAAGAUGCUGUGGCUGCACUUGAGCUCAUGCUGUGGAAGCUGAAAGAGGAUGAGAAGACAAGAUAGUGUAAGACUUGAUUUUUAUUUGUUGUCCUUUCUCAGCUUUAUUUUUCUGCCAAGAAUGUAGGUACAUGGAGAGCUCAUAACCUCCGUCAGACGAAGAUCUCUUCUAUAUUCUUGUCAGUAUUAGGUUUCUUUUGUUUAUUUUUAAAAUCUUUGGCUGUGUUGCUGAGAAACAUAUAGAUUCCCCCGGGAAUUGUUUUUAAAGAAAAUGUUUGUCUGUUUGAGUUUCUUCUAGAGUUGAAGUAUUUGGUCGUCAGAUCAUGGCAGGGGAUGCCUCAUACUACUCUGUGAGUAAUGGUAUGAUUUGAACUUCUGGUGUUCGUGCCGAAAAGUUUUGUUUUGCCUUCUUUUGUUGGAAUGGCUGUUGACAUUCAUCACCAUGUUGCCCAACUUUGCUUAAUGUGGCGACAUUAGGAUAUUUGAGUGUAAGCACUUCAUAUUUUACUGAGUUGUUGCAUUGUUUCAAUUUUUGUCACCACAUGCUUGUAGAAAGUCAAAAAUUCCUAUCUUUUUUUUCUGCUUUAACCGGAAGAGACUCUUUACACUAAGCAAUAUGUACUUUCAAUGAAGACUGAGUAACUGUAUUUUCCAGUUAAAAUUAAGUUGUUAGCCAAAUUAAUUUAUGAAUAUUUUUUCAUGCUAGUUUCUAAUUUUAAGAAUAUUUCAAAUUUUCUAUGUACCUCUCUGGGGUAAAGUUCACUAAUUUUUGUUUCUGUCGAAAUCAAUUCCCAGAAAUUGUUCAAUUAGUGUAGUUUUCUAUACUGGAAAGAAACUCUGUAAAUAAUUCAUAUACUUGCAUACAGAAUAUACCAAUCUAUAGUAUUCACUUUUGUAUAUUUUUGAUGCAAGUUGUGUUUUUUACUGUUCUUGUUGAUGCAUCUGACAACCAAUUUAAUAUCUUGUCCGGAGGUGCAUGAUAUGAUUUAAUUGUGAUAUUAAGUUUAUGAUGAUGUAUGCAGGCUUUUCUCUUGCACUACUUCAAAAGUUUGGUGCAAGAGUUAAAGUCACCACUAUACAAUUUUCUAUACUAGAUUUAUAAUACAAUCAACCUACCUCAUAAUUUAUGUUUCGGUUCAAGGGGUCCAAAGCUGGAAACUUUCUCUUGUUCUAAUAGAUUUUCUUCAGACCUAACUAAUGUUCUGUUUAGAAAGUGUGAAAAGAAAUUCAGAUGUGUUCAUCUCAUUCUAAAAUUAACAUUAACAUCCACAUUGUGUUCAUUUUUGUUUGUUAAUAGUUCAGAUCCACUGGCUUCUCUGUGGUAGCCUACCUGUAUUACAAAUCAACCAUCAAUUUUCUAAUCCUUUCUGAAGGAUUUGUACUAUAUUUGUGUACAACCUACUUGUGUAUUCCCAGUGGGGUAGUUACCCAAGUGCUCAUUUUGAGUCCGCUGUGCUUUUCCUGGGUAUAACCGUUUUCUUAACGAUUUUAAGUAAUUGGAAACAGGGGUGUGUAUUUUACAAUAAAAUACCAAAAACAGA